GGCUCAGACAUUUUGUCCAAGAGGAAAGUCCGAAUAAAUUGAGGCCGACUAGAGCCGGUCACGGUCUCGGAAUACCCUGGUAGGGAGGGUUCUACAAUAUCACGACCGUUUUGCUUUGUUCACAUGCCAUUUACAGCGACAAAAAGAACACAAUUAUGAUAUCUGUUAAUGUUGGUGCUGUCCCGCCCCAGACGGAAGUUCCCUCCAUCAUUCUACAGACAGCAGACUUGAGAUUUUGCGGAGUAUUUUCAGCAGUUGAGGUUCGGUGUUCUUUGCCAUAAAAAGCACAGUUUCAGUACAUUUUCCCAGUCGAUAAAGUCGCAUAUUGAAGACGAAUCAAACUUAAUUUUUUGUAUGACUUAGUUGCUAUGGAGUCGCCAAAGAACAUUAACAACGUUUUUCCUGAGGCCAUGAUGACAGCAUGCGUCUGCAAGCUCUGUUUUAAAAAAUUCGAUGAUAAUGCGCACAUAGCUACUGUAAUACCAAAAUGUGGGCACACGUUUUGUGAACAGUGUAUAGACCGACUUACUGACGAGGAAACACAAUUGAUCGCCUGCCCCGACUGUGUCAACACCCAUACGUAUGUCGACAUGCAGACGAUGUGGAAUCAACCGAUUGACGGCCAUGCUACGGACACAUGCAACGUGCACGAUGAACAGUUAAUUACAGAAUAUUGCAAAACUUGUCGAGAGGGGAUUUGUAAAACGUGUGCAGACAAUUUGCAUUCGAGUGGCUCACACAACGUGACGAACCUUCAGGAUUUCGAAGAGAGGAUACGAUGCGAGACCAUAACAAAAUUGGAUAGAAUGCAAGUGGAGAAGGAACGUCUGAUAAAUGUACAUCGUUCCGUGUCAUCGUCACUGGAGACGUUAAAAAGUGCUACUGAGGCAGACAUAAGGGCGAUCAAAGAUGCCUUUUGUGAUUGCCGAAAGUGGUUGAAAGACUAUGAAGAUAAAUUAGUUUCAGAAGUGAUAUCUGCUUCCGCUUUGCCUGUAACUGAACUCACGCAUGUGCAGAAGGAAUUAAAACUCAAAAUCGAUACCAUAGAAUGCCAUGAAAUAGAAGCCGACGAGGCGUUUCAUUCUAAAACACCUUUGAUUUGUGCAAAAUUGUGCCAUUAUCUUUCUGAUUCAAUGUCCGAGAUUGAACAGAACUCUGAAAAGACACUGGAGCUACCUGAGGCAGCAUCAUACAAACAGUAUAUCGUUCGCAAAAACCUCAUGGACAGUCUCCAAACAGUUAGUAUGAACUCAACACUUGAAUUCGAUACUAAGACAGCUCCCAGUCGGUGUACUGUACACAUUGGACCAGCAUUCGUCGAAGAAAAAUGUUUAAUUUCUAUACAAGCCACUGAUUAUAUGGGACGCAUGAACCACAGUGGAGGCGAUGUUGUCAGGGCCGUUUUGAUUACCCCUGACCAAACAUCUGCCGAGGCGACAGUCUCCGACAUGGAUAACGGUUGUUACAAAGUGAUUUUCAAGCCGACCUGUGAUGGAGAAUACAUAUUGCAUCUAUAUGUUUUCGAAGAGGAACUGCCAGAUAGUCCAUAUACAAUUUCUACCACUAAAAUCGACAUGGUAUCUCGAAGUCAAGCCUGGGUAGGAGGUCGUUGCAAGGUUAAUAUUAAAGCAUCAUCAACAGGUUCCAAUUACCUUACUUUGAAAGAUAUCAGCGCUAAAAUUCUAACACCAGACGGCGAGUAUGCCGAUCUUAAAGUCGACGGUAGCAAGAAUUCAUUCAACGUGACCUUUUACACUAAGAAGCAGGGUAGACAUAGAAUCAUUUUAUCGGUCCACGGUCAGAAAAUCGAAAAACCUUUUGAUAUUUCUAUUGCUGAUCAUCUUCAGAUUGGUGGGGAAGGGAGUCACUUAACAGGAUCUUCAUCAUUCUCUGAUUUAGUGAUGGUGACAGAGACUGGAGAACUUCUGGUUGCGGACACCGAAGAAAACAAACGGUUACAAAGAUUCAGUUUGCACGGUAAACACCUAGGUGAUAUCGAAAUUCCUGGAAUUGACACCGGCCCAACAAGAAUUGCCUACGAUAGCUUCCUAAAACGCAUUGUUCUACUAUUUUACGAAUCGGGAUUUUUACAAAUUCUGCUCAUGAAUGGACAACUUAUGAAGCGGUUUAAGGUCAGACGAAAAGGUUCUUCUGAUCCUCGAGGUCUAGCUACGUGCAGCAGGGGACGUAUAUACGUCUCCGAUUAUUUAAACCACGUGGUGUACACUUUUAAAGGAAGCGAUAAUGACUGUGGCACUCCGUACCCUGGGUCAGAUGUGCUCAUGGCUACCAUUGGAGGAGAAGGGACGUUACCCGGAAAAUUCAAACAUCCUUUAGACGUUCGAAUUGAUAUUCGGGACACAUUGUACGUUCUUGAUAGCGGAAAUAAUAGGAUUCAACACCUUGAUAAAGCUGGAAGAAGUUUGCACACAAUAAUGCUAGAUAGACACGCCCGUUGGGUUUCAAUAACUGUCCCAUUAGAUGGUACAGUUAUGACUCGUGGAUACACUAGGCCUGGCUCCGGUAUGUCAGCUGGACAGCAGAUAGUCCGACUUCCUAUAGACGUUAGGAAAGAUGCCAUUAAGCAACCGGUUUCUGCUCAUCUACCGAUUGACGCUCCUUUAAACUUUGUCAGUGGUAUUGCAUUAACGCAUGAAGGGUGUGUCUACCUUUUGGACCACUUGAGUAUUUGUAUUCGGAAAUAUCGUUAUGAUUGGACAUCUGUGUUCCAAAAAUAAACAAAUGACAAUGAAUUGUUCAUCAUUCUCUGUAUCUCCUAAAAUGAAGCAGUUGGCAGCACUGGACACGAAAGUGAUGAAUUAAAAGAUAAAAAUCAGAUAUCAAAAUGAAAUGAAUAGUUAAUGAAAUAGGUACAGGUAUGAAAAUCAGUCAUAAUGUCCACACAAGGCUGCAAGGUUUAAAUACAAAUGUUUUAUUGAUGAUAUUAAUAAUAAUCACAAAAGUACAGUAUUAACAUUACACGUAUAGACAAGCGAAACAAAUAUAAUUUCCAUAAUUCCAUUAUUGGUAUCGAAUGUGUUUUACUUAGGUCUUUACAAUGAAGUUUAAAUAUGGACUUUCCCGAUAACACCGCCACUUAGAUAUUGUUGCUAAGGUUCUAAAAACAAAGACAGUCUUAAGCGAACACGUGCGUUUGUGGAAAAAACGUGUGUUUGUGAGCCAAGCGCGUAUUCCUGGCCUGCUUUUGAUUGGCCAGUCGUUAAGUUUGAUUGACACGUGAGAAAGGUUCAUUCAAUAUUUACAAGAUAACAGGGAAUUGAGAUUUAUAUUGAAAUAAAAUCUAAACAAUCUUGUAUUUUUUCAAAUCUAUUUCUGAUCAAUUCGUAGGCUAAAAAAAAAA